GACACAAAUCACAUAUCGAUUACUUCACUCGGUUAUCGAUAAACUUUCUUCCUUCCUUUUUACUGUACUCUGAUGAACUGAACCCUUGUCUCAUCAAUCUCAUCAGGUACCCUUUUCUUCUUCAUUCCAUCAAUUCUUCACUACCCAGAUUCUAUUUCCUCUUUUUUACUACCUUUGAAUUGGGUCAACACAAAGUUGAAUUUCAAACGACUUCAAUUGAGAUCUUAUUCAACAAUAUUCAAGGUUGAGAAUUCAUUAGUUGGUUAGGUAGAUAUCUUCUUUUGACUUGACUGAUUUGACCUAUAGAUACAGAUUCAUCAACUAUUUCUGUACUCUGUUAGUUAAAAUUGCAUAUAACCUCUGAGACCCUUUAUCUUUUUUAGUAUAUCUGUAAAAGUCUCGAAGACGUAGACACAAUUGAUCGAACUCUGUGAUCUAGUUUUCUAUUUGCCAGCGAUGUCGGAGAAGAGUAGUAUGCUUCCAUCUAGGUUUAUAUUUUAUGUGAUGCUUAUAUGCAUGUUUCUUUUAGUCUUGUCUUCAAUUUUCUUAGUUCAAUUUAGCAGUCAUUCUUUCAUACCGAGAUCGGUUUUAGAGCUUAUUAUUGUUAAUAACUCGUCGUUUUACUUUACGCCUAAUUUUAAGAAGGAGCAAAUAAUACUUCCUACUUUACCUUCCGAGGAUUUGAAAUUUCAAACGUUAAAACCUAGAGAGUCUGAUUGGAAAGUAUCCGAUUCAAGUGAGAAGGGAAUGUCGGUAGGGAAGCAAGUGAAUGUGGUAUGUGACCCGACUAAGGCUUUAUUGAAAGUGUUUAUGUAUGACUUGCCUCCGGAGUUUCACUUUGGGUUAUUGGGUUGGAAGGGAAGUGUGAAUCAAACGUGGCCGGAGGUGGAUAACCCUAGUCGGGUGCCACGUUAUCCCGGUGGACUGAAUUUGCAGCACAGUAUUGAAUACUGGCUCACACUUGAUCUUUUGUCAUCAAAUACUAAGAAGCAUGGCCAACCUUGCACUGCAGUUAGAGUGCGGAAUUCAAGUCAAGCAGAUAUAAUUUUCGUGCCGUUUUUCUCGUCUCUGAGUUACAAUCGGCAUUCUAAGAUACAAGGGGAGGGACAAGUUAGUGUCAACAAAAUGUUGCAGGACAGAUUGGUGAUUUUCUUGAAGGGGCGCAAAGAAUGGAAACGCUCGGGAGGGAAGAAUCAUCUCAUUGUAGCUCAUCAUCCUAACAGCUUGUUGGAUGCAAGAAGUAAAUUGGCUUCUGCUAUGCUUGUGCUUGCAGAUUUUGGAAGGUAUCCUGUUGAGUUAGCAAAUAUCAAGAAAGAUAUAAUAGCUCCCUAUAGACAUUUGGUGGCUACGAUACCAAGAGGUGAAUCACCUUCAUAUGGCGAACGAUCCACAUUGGUGUAUUUCCAGGGGGCGAUAUACAGGAAAGAUGGAGGAGUUAUUCGCCAAGAACUGUAUUACCUCCUCAAAGAUGAGAAAGAUGUACAUUUUACAUUUGGGAGCAUAGGAGGAAAUGGUGUUAAUCAGGCAAGCCAGGGCAUGUCCAUGUCCAAAUUUUGCCUUAACAUAGCUGGAGAUACUCCGUCUUCCAAUCGACUCUUCGAUGCCAUAGUAAGCCAUUGUGUUCCCGUGAUCAUCAGUGACGAAAUUGAACUACCAUUUGAAGAUGUUUUGGACUACUCAGAGUUUUCCGUAUUCGUUCGCGCCGCCGAUGCUGUAAAGAAAGGGUACCUGCUGAAUCUUCUUCAUUCAAUCAAACGCGAGGAAUGGACCAAGAUGUGGGAAAGAUUAAAGGAAAUUACAAAUCACUUUGAGUAUCAAUAUCCAUCCCAGCCUGGGGAUGCAGUGAACAUGAUUUGGCAAGAAGUCGCGCGUAAGAUAUCUUCUAUGCAGUUCAAUUCACACAGGAAGAACAGAUACAAUAGAUCUCAGCUUCUUGUCAAGAGUAACUGAAUUACUAAGAUUCAUGUUUUAUCGGAAUAAUUUGAUCUUGGUCACAUUCAACAUAUCAAUGGGAGAGAAACAAGAACAAAUCUUGUUUCUGUUAUUUGCAACUAGCAAGCUUUGUACCCUCCCUCUUCACUCCUUUUUUUUCUUUGCCAGUGUUGCUCAUAUUGUUAAUAAAUUUUUUAAGUCAAAACAUGCUGCAUUAUUUGGUAUUUGAAUUUGGGAAAAUAAGAAAGGUUUUUUUUCUUCCCAUUAAGGGAAGGCUGCUAUUUGAAAGUAUGAUUUUACUGUUUGGUGAACA